ACAGCCCUGCUGCGGGGUCCUGAGCUCGGCAGGAAAGAGGAAAAGAAGAUGACGGUCCAUAACCUGUACAUAUUCGACCGUAACGGCAGCUGUCUGUACUAUAACGAGUGGAACAGGAAGAAGCAGGCAGGCAUCUCCAAAGAUGAGGAGUUUAAGCUGAUGUACGGGAUGCUGUUCUCCAUCCGAUCAUUCGUCAGUAAGAUGUCUCCUCUGGACAUGAAGGAGGGCUUUUUGUCCUUUCAGACCAGCAAGUAUCGUCUCCACUACUACGAGACUCCCAGUGGUCUCCGGUUCGUUAUGAACACAGACCUGUCUGUCCCCAACGCCAGAGACACACUGCAGCACAUCUACAGCAACCUGUAUGUGGAGUACAUCGUGAAGAACCCAGUGUGUGUGUUGGGUCAGAGUUUGGACAGCGAGCUGUUCAGCAGCCGGCUGGACUCCUACAUCAGAGCUCUGCCCUACUACAGCCCCCGAGCUGCUUAACACACACACACACACACACACACACACACACACACACACACACACACAGAGACACACACACACAGA